UCCCACCCCUCCCUUCUGUCUUGCAGGUACAGAUGCUGGAAUCUUUGAGUUGAUUGGAACAAAUAGAAAGCAGAAAAAAAAAAAAGACAGAUAAAGGAAGAGCGGAAGAGUGAAGAGAAAGAAGAGAGAGAGAAGAAGAAAGAGGAGAGCGAAGAAAGCUUAAAGUUCUUUAGAAAGAGGAGAGAAAGAAAGAGACGGGGACGAUGGGGAGGAAAAAGAUUCAGAUCACGCGGAUUAUGGAUGAACGCAACAGACAGGUGACAUUUACAAAGCGAAAGUUUGGCCUGAUGAAGAAGGCGUAUGAGCUGAGUGUGCUGUGUGACUGUGAGAUUGCCCUGAUCAUCUUCAACAGCACCAACAAGCUGUUCCAGUAUGCCAGCACAGACAUGGACAAGGUCCUGCUUAAAUAUACUGAGUACAAUGAGCCCCAUGAGAGCAGGACCAACUCUGAUAUUGUGGAGACAUUGAGAAAGAAGGGCCUAAACGGCUGUGACAGCCCAGAUCCCGACGCAGAUGACUCGGUUGGCCACAGCCCCGAGUCCGAGGACAAGUACAGGAAAAUAAACGAGGACAUUGAUCUGAUGAUCAGCAGACAGAGACUGUGUGCAUUGAGCAAGAAGGAGAACAAAGGUGGCGAGAGCCCGGAGCUCGAGUCUGCUCUCAUCCUCACCCCACGCACUGAGGAGAAAUACAAACAGAUUAACGAGGAGUUUGAUCACAUGAUAAAAACCCAUAAGAUACCUCAGGCUGUACCCCCAUCGAACUACGACAUGCCCGUGUCCAUUCCCGUUAGCAACCAGAACAAUCUCAUUUACAGCCAUCCCGGUGGGUCCCUAGGCAACCACAAUCUGUUGCCACUGGCACACCAUGGCCUACAGAGAAACAGCAUGUCUCCUGGAGUUACACACAGACCCCCCAGUGCAGGUAACACAGGUGGCCUCAUGGGUGCUGACCUCACCACUGGCGCAGGCACCAGUGCUGGAAAUGGAUAUGGAAACCAUCGCAACUCGCCUGGUCUGCUGGUCUCUCCAGGUGGCAUGAACAAGAACAUGCAGGCUAAGUCUCCUCCACCCAUGAACUUAGGCAUGAACAACCGCAAACCUGACCUACGUGUGCUCAUCCCCCCUGGCGCCAAGAACAAUAUGCCCUCCAUUAACCAGAGAAUAAACAACUCUCAGUCUGCUCAGUCAUUGGCCACCCCUGUGGUAUCAGUAGCAACUCCCACUCUACCAGGACAAGGCAUGGGUGGUUACCCAUCUGCCAUCUCUACUUCUUAUGGUACCGAGUAUUCCCUGAAUAGCGCAGACCUGUCCUCCCUGUCCGGCUUCAACAGCGGCAGCUCCCUACACCUCGGCUCGAUGAGCGGGUGGCAACAGCAACACCUUCAAAACAUGCAGCAUUCAGCCCUCGGCCAGCUAGGAAAUUGCUCUAGCUCUCACUUAUGUCAGGGUUCAAAUCUCUCCCUGCCCUCUGCUCAAAGCCUGCACAUCAAGUCCGAACCUGUUUCUCCUCCUAGAGAUCGCACCAGCAGCACACCGGGGGGCUACGGUGGUGGGGUACCACCUCCCCAGAACCCCUCGUCCCGCCAGGACUCGGGACGCUCCCCUGUUGAUAGCCUGAGCAGUUGUAGCAGCUCCCACGAGGGCAGUGACCGCGAUGAGCACAGGAAUGAGUUCCACUCACCUCUGGGACUGGCCCGGCCCGCCCUGGACGAGCGCGAGAGCCCCUCCAUCAAACGGGUGCGCCUGUCAGAAGGAUGGGCGACAUGAUAGCUCUGUCCUGUACCCCGGCAGUGCCCCGAGUUGCCCUGAUCCCCCGGCAAUGCAGCAUUACGAUGCCCCCCCCCAAGUCAGCUCCCUCUUCUUCCUCCUCUCACUCGAUAUCACGAGUCACUCACCACCCAACCCCAUGAUGGCCUCUUUCCUUUUAUCACUUUAACGUUGAAGGAAAGAAAAGGAACAACCCUUUUCGAAAAACCUAUUUGUAAUUUCUUUUCCUUUUUUUUUAAAUUUUCCUUUUUUUCUUUUUGCUGAGUGUGUGUGUGCUAUACAUAUUGACAUUAUAUAAACCAGUGGGGUGUUGUAAUGGGGGGUUUGGGAGGGUGGGUGUUGGUUGGGAUGGGAUCUGGGGGUAUUUUUGUUGGGGAACUAUGCAUAAACUGUAUUGUGUGUGGAUAAAAAGAAUCACGUAUGCAUAUAUCUUUACACGUGUGUAUGUGUACAUAUAUGCAUAUCAACAAAUAAAAAAAAAAAAUAGUCAGGUACUCUGUUUCAUAAAACGUACUUACAGUUUGCCUCAGCGAUAUAUCAGUGACUAGAGACAAAAAACAAAAAAAACGAAGAAAAAAAACAAAAAAAACAUUAACAUGAGAGUGAGUGUGUCCAGUGGAAAACACCUUAGCACUUGAGUUGGACAAACAAUACAUGUGUACAGUAUCGGUUUCAUCGCUAUAUACCUUCUCUGCAGUUCUCCCUUGCAAAAAUGUGUGUUAACAUUAGAUGAUGUCAUGUUGCAGGUUCAACGUAUUUAUGUAAAUAGCGGGUCAAGGGGGGAAGGGCAGGGGUCAAAAGUUGCCAGACAUUACAAGAUUUAUUUACUCACUAAAUGAAAAGCUAUUAUGCAACAUUUGAAGGAUUGUACAGGUAAACAGGCAAACCCAAUGCGAAACGUGUGGAACCUUUGACGAUUUUAGCGCUCCCCUUAAAGAACGGAGCCAGGACCACCCUUUGAUCUGAGAGCUACGUUGGUGUAAUCAAGAAAACUCUGGAUCUAGUAUUAACUAUUCAGUAUUGAUAAACAAAAAAGAAAAAGAAAAAACAAUUGUACGAUACACUUGCUUAUAUUUUCAUAUGAAAGGAAUACAAUGCAAAGCAUUUUUGUGGCUUUUUGUAGUUUAUAUAAGCCAGAAUGUGUUUUUUGAUAGCUUUGCUAAUAAGAGAUGGAUAGUUCACCCAGAGGGGAAAAGAAAGGGCUUGGAAGCCCUAAGCCAUGAAAAACAGACUGAGAUCCAAUGCUUUGCUGAACUGUUUUAUCUUUGUAGAGGUUUGUUUUUAAACGUGUAUUUCUAAUUAUAUAUAAUAAUGGUAAUAUUAAGAAUCUUUAAAAAAAAAAAAAUCUGUGAAAUUAACAUGCUUGUGUAUAGCUUUCUAAUAUAUAAAUAUAUAUAAUAAUGAUUUUUGUUGGUUUCUUAGUGGAGUUUCUAUGUGCAGUUGCACAUGUUGUCUGGUUUGUUUCAUUUGAACUCUGAACAGUGCUGUUCGGGGGUGUAUUUAGACUAACCUUAAAAACCAGCUGGAAAGCAUUGCCAGGGUUUGUGUGACGAAGGAAAGACAGGCCUGAAUGCUGAAAAAAAAACAACCCGCUAGUGGAAAAUGUCACAAGACUGGAACUGGGGAGGACACCGAAAUAAAUGUUGACACAUGAAAUACACGGUUGUCACACUGAUGAGGAAAUAUGACUGACUCUCAGUCUCCAGAUGUAUUAUUAUGCAUCAGAUAUUUCAUUAUGAAUCAGAAUUAUUGGAUUUAAUACAGUUAAUCUCAUAAAAGAUAUUUUUGACAUUACAGAGUUUCCAUUCUGCCUCAAACCUUCACCCCAGCAUUAACUCAAGAUGUUGCUCAAGCUCAGAGCCCAAACGGCACAAUUUUCUUUUGAAUCUUAUUUAUAUAAUGCAAUCCUGCAUGUGCAUUGUGAUUAAUUAUCGCCGAAACCUAAUUGGAUUCUGUGUCGUCCGGUCACUCCUCAUGUUCCGGUCUCCAACACAGGGUUCCACAUCCUUUACCACGUCACCGACAGGUCAGCCUAAGACACCAGGAAAAUUUGAUCUUGCUGGCAUGGGAGAAGCACAACUGUUUCUUUUAGAUGAAUAGCUGUUUUGAUUUUUCUCUUUUUUAAACAAUGAAACUAGCCACAUAUCUCUCUGCCUCCCACUCCCGUAUCUGCUGUCACUUAAGUGUUAUGAUAUUUCUAUGUGCAUAUUUCAUGCAGGUUCACUAUGUUGUUACUGUAUACAGUCUGUGUAGUCAAACGGGGCAGAGCCUCUAUAAAGGUGUUCUUCUCUUCUUUUUUUUUUCUUUUUCUUUUUCUUUUUUUUUUUUAAACUUCAAUACAAAAAGGUUGAGAAAAAAAAUAAACAUGAUGUUUCAGGCAGCAUAAGUGUGGAGAAACCAAAGCCAGUGGCAUUUCUGUGUUGUAAACUCAACUUUUAUUUUCACAUUCAUUUAUGGUUUUUGCAAGCAUUGAAACAAGAUAAUAAAAAGAAUUUGCUCAAAUGUACAAUCGUUUUCACAUUUCAAUUCCAGUCGGUCGAAUGCAGCUUUAGUUUAUCGAGCUGCAUAGCAAACCAUAACAAUCCACCUGUUUUGUUGCUCAUCUGUCUCCCUGUGCAUUGCAUUCAGAAGGUUACAUGCAAAAAAAACGUUGCUUUGUGUUUGAAUUUUGUGAUCUGAAUCGACGGCACCGUUCAGGCCUGAUCAUGUGAAAUGCAUGCUUGUUGUCCUCCAACCACAUGGCACGCUAAUUCUGGUGCCACUUGCUCACUGAAUGAAAUAAUGCCAACAUGUCCUGACAGUUUUAAUUAAGAGUGCUAUAAUUUUGACAAUAAUUUUUAACCAAAGACAUGAAGAAAACUUGUCUUUAUAUCUUUGUUUUUGUUUUGUUUUUUGUUUUUUUUUCCUUUUUGUGUUUGUUAAAUUUGAAGCCAUUCUUUUUCAUCAUCUGUUGAUCAGUUGUUCUUUGUCAAUACUAUUAAUAGACUAAAUGUUGGUACCUCAAAAUUGACCCAAGCAGUACCUCAGCUGAUCUUUUGAUAAGUCACUUGCAGUGCAAAGGGUAGACCAUACACCUGUACAGCCAUGUGUAAUAACAUACGAUUGCUUAAGGUCCCGGCAUUCACGUGGGAUUCUUUGUUGCUCCACUGUGUUUGUGGUUUAUUUAAGUUGUACUCAAAAGUUGAAAAGGAA